UCUUUCACAGUUCACUACACGUCGAUCGUCAAGUGGAAAUUGUACAACAAUGUAGUAAUUUCCUGUCGUAUUUUUAGGCUCUUUGCGAUUAAGAUGGGCUGCAGCUCGAGCACUCCAGCAAAGAAAGAAAGCAGUGCAUCAACAUUUGACUUUUCUCGUCGAAAUACUUUAGUGAAAAGACCUGACGUUCCUGUCGAGAUUGGUAAUGGAGUCAAAAAACUUAGUCCUGAAAAUAGAGUUGUCUUCAUUUUUGGUGGUCCUGGCUCAACCAAAGGAAGCAUUGUAAAUGACCUCACAAACAUGUUUGAUUUUGUCUUCAUUUCUGCUGAGACAUUAAUUCUCAAGCACCUACCACAAAAGCUUUUUGAGCAUGAUCAGAAAGAAUGUGAAGGAUUGAUAGAGGUUGAACCAAUAGUUGGAACCCAUGGUUUGGUCAAAGCACUCAAUAAAUACCCAAAUGUGUUAACCCUGGAAUAUGUGCUAAGCUUGGUAGCAAAUGAGAUUAAAAAACAUCCUGGAAAACUGGUGUUGGUUGAUCUGAUUCCUAAUUUGAAAUUUUUGUUGAGAGUAAAGAGUUUUAUUAAGGAAUGUGACAAGGAGCUUAGUGAUUUUGAAAACCAGAUACCUAUUGCAUUUGCUCUGAAUAUGACAUUGACCAAAGAAGAUCUGCUAAAAAACAUCAAAACCAGCCAUGCUUGUAUAAAGCCAGAUCACACUGCUAAGCCAGGCACGGGACAAGUUGAUGGUUCAACUGAUAAAGGUGAUGAAGUUGAUACUGGGAGAACACAGAGACGCUUUAAGCUUUACACCAAUUCAGUCACUGAUUUCCUUGGAUAUUUUGAGAGAGCUGAUAAAGUUGUUAAGGUUGAUACAUCGUCUGCCAAGUGGCAUUUGAUAUGGGAGGCCAUUAAGGACUUCUUUGCUGGUGAAAUGGAGUUUGAAGCAAACCAUGUCAUUAAUACUGUCAUUUUAUUUACAUUUGAUCAAGAAACUGCACAAGCCAUUGAUACAAACCGUUACCCAAUGAAAGAACUGGUGCUUCGCGAUAUAGUAGAAGACCCAUCAGCCCCUGCUCCAAAGCUACUCAACUCAUUGGCCAAGCUGUUGGACCAAAGUGCUUUGCAGACGCGGUGUUUCUUGGUGGAUGUUUCAGAUACAACCUUGGAUGAAGCCUCAGUAGCUGAGUUUGACAGGUCAUCGUUAAUGUUCGUUGAUGUCGAUAUCGGUCAGCUUGACUACUAUGUACACGGUCUUAGAAGAAAAACCAACCGCAAGAAGUCAAUCUUUAGAAAAAAAGCUCAAUUCUACAAGGCAAUAUCCACUUCCGAGAACGAAACCUUGCUUUUUCCUGAGGAAACAAACACAGAACUUUGUCGUCGCAUCGCCAUUUGCCUUGCAGAACGAAAAACUUCUUAGAAACGAGGGUUUUCGUAAAAUGUCAUAUUUUCGACUUUUUUAUAGAUAUGUUGAUGUCGAAACAAUCUCUAAAUUUUCCGAUAUGGCCUGGGAGAUAAUUUAUGUACUGUCAGUUGACUGCAGUGUUUACAAGGAUCGAUAACUUUUUAUGAAACAAACUCCAGUACUGCUUAUUGUACUUGUUGGAGGAAAUAAAAAUAUAUUUUUAUAGCGUC